UCAUGCGAAUUAUGAAUCGCAAAAUGGAUGCAAAUAAACUCCCACCAAAGUUACAACGCUCAAAUUCGUACUUAGUAAGUAUUUCAGACAACGAAGAUGGGUUAAGUCAAAUAUCUGGCACUCCUCGUCAACUCAGCAUCUCAACUAUAGAUGGGAUUGGGAAAAAGCAGCAAAGCUCGAACGGAACUUGCCCUUCAGUCGCUAGUGACACAACUAAUAAGUCAACUGAAGUAUUAAUGGAAGCUCUCCGAAUGGAAGAGGAACAAAAUGCUCCGACCAAGUCUCGAGGAGCCUGGGAUAACAAAUUUCAGUAUAUGUUAGCAGUAAUUGGCUAUGCAGUUGGAUUAGGGAACGUCUGGCGUUUCCCUUACCUGGUUCAGAAAAAUGGCGGAGGUAAACUGACAUCUGACUGUUCAGAGAACACUUCAAAUAUAUCUAGUAGCGAUUUCUCUUGA